AUUACACAUAAAUGCAGGUAAGAGUUCACGUGACGUGAUACUCGGAAGCACAACAGUUAUUUACACUAACAAAUACAGGCAGAGACUUACAAGACAUACACAAUGGCUAUGUACAUCAUCUGAGAACAUGCCAAGAUACGGAAACCCCACUGCGGAUACGGUAUCUUUCAAAAAAUGUAAGAAAUAUUAUCAUUUUUUGCAGAAAUAAAGUUUUAGUUUGGAGCCUGGAAGCAAGACUACAAUUCUGCUAGUUUGCACCUUCUGUAUUCAAAGAUACAUAAACGGACUCGGAAUUUCACAGAAAUACUUCAGAUUCACUUCUGAAAUUUAACUAUUGUGACUACAUUGUUAGAAACCUCGUAAAGCCAAGACUGGGGUUGUGGGGUUUUUUUCGGGAAAUACUUGGGCUGGAAAUUUUGCUCAGACCUGGAAACUGCAAACACCUACAGAGAAUCACAACAGUUUCCUUUGAUUGAAAGUUCAGCAAUAAUACAGAAAUAAAUAAAAAAAUCACAAAUCAGCUAAAUAAAGGUACUGUUAUUUAAUCAAUGUAGGAAAAAUCUUUUUUACUAACACAAUUGAUUUUCAAGCAUAAGAACAAACUGCGCGAGUCAUCUACAGCAAAAACUAAACCAUCCGCAGUCAGCUUGCUGCGCUGAGAAAACGCUGGAACUGCACUGGUUAUGAAACCUGGCGAAAUCAACACGUGGGUCGCCCGGGGGAAACGAGCCACUUGACGGUUUUGGGCGUUUUUGCUCACAGCUUCUGACUGCAACUGGGGGGAAUAACCUGGAUGUUACGUUUCGGCGGGUCAUCAUGUCAGGGGAAAAGACAUCGGUCGAUGUGGCCCGAAAGCGCAGAGCCGAGUCCGCGGCGGCGAGUGGCCGGAAAGAGCCGAAGCUGCUGCGAACAGAAGGCUGGCUGGUGGCGGAGGUGGACGGGCUGCGGCGGGCGGCCAGCGGCGCCGAGGUCAAUACGCAGCGGCUCCGCUUCUUGUCCCAAACUGAGAAGGUGAAGCAGGGAUCGCAGGGAGUGCUGUACUGGAUGUGUCGUGACCAGAGGGUGCAAGGGCCCCCAGUGUCCCAAGAAUGGCAUCUCAGUAUACCCUCUCUGUGUCACACCCCAGAUAACUGGGCACUCCUCUAUGCCCAGCAGCUGGCCCUGGCUGAGCAGCUUCCCCUGCACGUGUGCUUUUGCCUGAUGCCACGCUUUCUGGAUGCCACCAUCCGCCAGUUUGGCUUCAUGCUGGAAGGCCUGAGAGAGGUCGCUACGGAGUGCAGGACCCUGGAGAUACAGUUUCACCUGCUGCUGGGCGCCGCCGCCGAGGUCCUGCCGGGUUUCGUGAAGGACUGGGCCCUGGGCACCGUGGUGACGGACUUCUUCCCCUUGCGGGUUCCUCUGCAGUGGGUAGAGGACGUGAAGAAGGGGCUCCCUUUGGAUGUUCCCUUUAUACAGGUGGACGCCCACAAUGUGGUGCCCUGCUGGUUGGCUUCGGACAAGCAGGAGUACUCAGCCAGGACGAUGCGGGGGAAAAUCACCAAGCUGCUGCCUAAGUUCCUCACAGAGUUCCCCCCGGUGGAGAAACACCCACACUGCGCCCAGAGGCCCGUGGCGUCCGUGGACUGGGACAGGGCCCGGUCCUUUGUGAAGGUGGACCCGACCGUGGGGGAGGUGCAGUGGGCCCGGGCCGGGACCGCGGCCGGCAUGGCCACGCUGGAGUCCUUCAUCGAGCAGCGCCUCCACAGCUACGCGGCGCACAGGAACGACCCAAACUGUGCAGCCCUCAGUCAUCUGUCCCCUUGGCUGCAUGCUGGCCAGAUCUCGGCCCAGCGGGCGGUGCUGCAGGUGAGGCGGGGGGGCGCGCGUGGGAGCCCCUCAGUGGACGCCUUCGUUGAGGAGGCUGUGCUGCGUCGCGAGCUGGCCGACAACUUCUGCUACUACAACAGAAACUACGACUGCGUGGAGGGUGCGUACGAAUGGGCGCGGAUGAGUUUGCAGGACCAUGCCAAAGACCACCGCCCUUACCUCUACUCCCGUCAGGAGUUGGAGGGGGCCAGGACGGGUGACAAGCUCUGGAAUGCUGCCCAGAACCAGUUGGUAUUGGAAGGGAAAAUGCACGGCUUCAUGCGGAUGUACUGGGCCAAGAAGAUUCUGGAGUGGACCUCGUCCCCAGAAGAGGCACUGUCCAUCUCCCUGUAUCUCAAUGACCGCUACAGUUUGGAUGGAAAUGAUCCCAACGGAUAUGUCGGUUGCAUGUGGUCCAUUUGCGGUAUCCAUGACCAGGGUUGGAAGGAGAGGCCAAUCUUCGGGAACAUCCGCUACAUGAACUACAAUGGGUGCAAACGCAAGUUCGACGUAUCUGCAUUUGAGAAGCAGUAUGGUCCAAAACAGCUGAAAAUUUCCUGAGCUGUGGUGUGUGUUGGAUCCCUGUCCAGGGGGACCUUGUCGUCAUAGCAGGACCUGGAGUAAUAAGGCGUCACGCUCUCCAGUAUCUUGUUACUUUGUGUAAUUUUCUCGUAGUUCGGUGGCUACUAACAAAAUAGCUACCAGCGCAUACUAAGAGGCACGAGACUGGUGAAGCCAUUUCCCGCCAGUGUGUGUGAUUUUUGAAUAAUGGGAAAUUAACAGGAAAUUAAAACGAUGGCGAUCUGCUGUGAAGUCGGACACAGUUUGCCUGGGUGAACAUGGUCCUAGAGUGGAAAACGUAACAAGCGCAGAACCGCCGAGAAAAAUGGUGUUUUACUUUUUCAGUUUUAACAGUAGAUGGAUGACUAGAUGUGUGUUGUGUUACCAAAGCAUGAAACUAAGCGGACAUAGUAUGUAGUAUAUUUAAUAAAGUAAAAAAAACGUACUUUUACUACGA